AUGGGCAAAGUUGUGUGGAUUCUCAUCGGAAAGGCGUUACAACGUAGAUCAAGCACGACCACAAGAAGAAAGAUACGUCUCAUAUCGUUUGUGCAGGUGUUUGAGUCAUUUGCUUCUUGGAUUUGGUGUUCUGGAUGUACCGGUAAAUUAGGAGGUCGUUUCGGAGAUGUUGAUUGGCAUUGUUCCUUGUUACAUGUACAGUCCCGUCAGCAAGGGCAAUAUCAUUGUAUAUGGCGUUUGUUGUUCAGUUGUAUCAGUGGAUAA